GAGAUGGCGAAGGUACGCUGGCCAUUCUACAAUUCCGGUGCGGAGUUUGAAGAAGUGAAUAGCAAAUACUUUGAACCCGACGAAGAGCAGGAACAACAGCCGAGAAUAUAUAUGUCUUCGAAGCCAGUAAAAAUCCAGUGCCCACCUGUACAUGCCCGGAAAGGCCUUGAGAGCAGGGUCUGUGAAAGCUAGUGCAGAACAAUCCAAGCAGAGGUACAGGGAAAUUAGGAAUCCAUCGUUGUUUGGCUACUGAGACUACCUUUUGUCAUUCUAAAUCACAUGGCAGUUUUUCUUACUUUGUUUCCGCUGUCUUGAUAACCGUUGCUUGUGGGUAGC